UGGGAUUCUUUACAACAACAAAAAGCCUCAACAUACUUUAAAAUGUCAUACAAAGUUGAUAAGGGCCUUCGUACUAUACCUUUUGCUGCAAAUUUACCUGCUGUUAAUAAUCCACAAUUCGUUGCGAAAUAUACAAACAUCUCAUCGUUAUCAAAAGGUGAUUGGCCUUCACCACCUAAAAAAGAGCCAUGUAGAUAUAUUAGUAAUGACAAAGGAGCAUAUCUCAAACUGAGAUUAGGUCAUCCAGAAGAAUUAAGUGCUCGCAAAACAGAGCUCCCGGAGCAUGAAGCAUUUCGGCCUACAUUUGGUUCACCUCUGUGUUCACAAAGAAUGGUCGAAAUUGGACCACAAAAUAGAGUAACCGUCAUAUCUCCUCGUUUCUUAAAAGGUGCAAAGAUAAAUAAUCGUCAUGAAAAAAGGCCAUCGACCACUCGUAGGAUUAUACAAGCUGCAUUCAAUAGGUUCAAAGCGGCGCAUUCACCUCCCGAAGUUGUCGAACAAGCAG